AUGAUCGCCACCCGCGUCCUCGCCCUCCUCGGCCUCGGCCUCGCCAUCUCCGCCCUUGCCCACCCCACAGCGUCCGGAAACGACAUCGCCUCCCCCGGGUCCGCCAGAGCCCAGGCCAACGCGCUCCGCCUCGACGACGGCGGCAAGGCGAGCGCCGCUCGGGGACUCGCAGCGAGAGACGCACCCAACGCCACGGAGAGCAUCUCCAACUCCGUGUGGAACGUCGUCAAUGCCACGGAGGGCAUCGUCAAUGCCGCGGGGUCUACAUUGGAGUCCGCAGCUGAAGAUGCCGUCGAGGUCGCCGCGUCCGAGGCUGCCGACAACAUGGGUAACACUCCCUUCCCAGAUGGCAUCUGCGUCUCCUCAUCGAUCGUUACUGCAGUCGCUCCUGUCUUGUCGUUCUCUAAUGUUGCUCUCCCGCCUGUCGCCGCACGCUCGGCCUCCGUCUUGUCCCCGUCCGCCCAUACCUCGUAG